UCCCUGUUUUAACCAAACAGUCACACACUCAGCCAGUCUGUCUGUGACUGACAGCUGGAGAUGUGAGUGUGUGUGCGUGUGUGUGUGUGUGCGCGGAGGACGGGGAUAUGGAGGAUGGUGGUGGGGUUCCAUUGCGCUGCGCCACUUUAUUGUUUUGCGCUAAAACAUUUGCCCUGAUGCCACAACGUGUCUGCCUCACCUGACGUCAAAAAGCCACUUUAUGUAUGUUUACAGCGCCCCCAUAUGGACACAAAGGGUAUGUGAGCGAGUUGGGACGACUGACAGAAAUAAAAUGUGUGUGUGUGUGUGUGUGUGUGUGUGUGUGUGUGUGUGUGUGUGUGUGUGUGUGUGUGUGUGUGUGUCUCUGUUGCCCUGUGAUGGACUGGUGACCUGUCCAGUUUGUCCCCGUCUCCUGUCUGUUGUCACCAGAUGUUUACAGAGCAAUUAAUCUUUUAGAAAUUAGCUCUUUUAAAGCAGACGAGUUCCAGCUGUACAAAGGUCAGGUGCCAGAAAGCGUCUCCAUAAUACGUCACCAGCACCUCCAUGUGGGUCGGAUGCUGUUCACCUCCUCAGAACAAGUUCGGCUUCAGAGAGGAGACGUGGAGAUGGAAAUGAUUCAAGCGCCGCACCGUUUCCUGUCAGACGUACAGGGAGCGUUUCCCCAGAAGGCUGUGGGCUUUCUGGGAUGUUCUGCUGGAGAUUGCCGCGACGGCAACAUGUCUCAGGCUCAGGUCUCCGACUUCUUCAGUCAGAGGAAGAAAGGAGCAGCGAGGGCCGGAGGACCGCCGACAGGCUCCCCGGCCUGCAGCUUCCUCCGUGGAAACAAAGAGUCCGCUCUCUGCCGCUCUCCGGUCCGCGAGGAGUUUGUCCGGCUUGUCGACGAGGCAGCGGGGCUCAGUACUGACCGGCAGUCCGCCUCCAGCGGACCCGACACGGACCCGGUCAGCCCGCGAACUCCCAAAAGGAGCUCGGCCGAGGCGGAGUUCGACCUCGGAGCCGCAGUGUUCUCGGCUACGGUCGAGCACUCCUCGGUGAAAAGGAGACGGCAAGCGGGAAGGGCCAGAGAGGCUGAGGCGAACCCGACUGAGAAAACAACCAGGAGGACAGCCAGGAAGAAGCUCGUCCUGUCCGAGGACAGACCGCAGGCUUUCUGUAAGGAUGACAUCACAGCGCUCAGGUCUCGCAUCCAGGCGAUCAGGCAGCAGGCGAAGAACAUCACCACCUCCACCUCUCCAGCAGCUUCGAGCCAUGCAGCCGAGGCCCCCCCAACCUCAGGGGCCACGGCCCAACCUGCGUCUGAGACCAAGGCUGUACUCGACUCAGGGGCCAGGGCCCAACCUGCGUCUGAGACCAAGGCUGUACUCGACUCAGGGGCCAGGGCCCAACCUGCGUCUGAGACCAAGGCUGUACUCGACUCAGGGGCCACGGCCCAACCUGCGUCUGAGACCAAGGCUGUACUCGACUCAGGGGCCAGGGCCCAACCUGCGUCUGAGACCAAGGCUGUACUCGACUCAGGGGCCAGGGCCCAACCUGCGUCUGGGACCAAGGCUAUACUCAAUUCAGGGGCCAGGGCCCCCUCAACCUCAGGGGCCACGGCCCAACCUGCAUCUGGGACUAAGGACAUACUCAACUCAGGGGCCACGGCCCAACCUGCAUCUGGGACUAAGGACAUACUCAAUUCAGGGGCCAGGGCCCAACCUGCGUCUGAGACAAAGGCUGUACUCGACUCAGGGGCCAGGGCCCCCUCCACAUCAAAGCCAAAGGACAAAACUGCAUCUGGGACCAAAGCUGCACCCACUUCAGAGACCAGGUUCACUGUGGCCCGGGCCAGAGAGCUGGCUGCUAGGGCCCAGAGGAGGAAGGAGGAGAGGGAAGCAGGUGAAGUCAAACAGAGUCAGGCUCCGCCUCCAGCUCUGGCUCCGCCUCCAGCUCCAGACAGCGGGGCAGAGCAGCCGGCGUACCAGCGGUACCACACCCUGGCCCAGGCCACGCCCCCUGGCCUGUCCCUGCCUUACCAGUACAAGAUCCUGGCAGAGAUGUUCCGCAGCAUGGACACGGUGGUCGCCAUGCUGUACAACCGCUCUGAGACGGCCACCUUCGCCAAGAUCAAGCAGGGAGUGCAGGACAUGAUGCACAGGAGGUUUGAGGAGAGCCACGUUGGUCAGAUCAGGACGGUGUUUCCUGCAGCGUUCUCCUUCAGGCAGCAGAAGAACAUCCCAACGUUCAACAGCAACAUCAGCAGAGGAAGCUACCAGCUCACCGUGGAGCCCGUCCUCAGCUCUGAUCAGAAUGAAGGGAGACCUGUGCUGUCCGCCUCCCGUCUCCUGCAGAGAAGACGCGUCUUUCACCAGAAUCUGAUCUCUGUCGUCAAACAGCAUCACAAGGCCUUCCUGUCCUCGCUGGUCCCCCCCCUCUCUGUCCCGGAAGACAAACUGAACCGCUGGCAUCCCCGCUUCAACGUGGACGCUGUCCCUGCCAUCCAGGUCGGCUCGCUGCCUCUGCCCCCCCACACGGAGAAAGUGUCCACAGCCCAGGAGGUUCUGGAGAAGGCCCGGUCCCUCAUCACCCCCAAGAUGGAGAAGGCUCUGGUCUCUCUGACCCAGAACGCAGGCGACGCAGACGGUACCAAACCAGUCGGUUCCCAGAACCCAGCAGUGGCUCAGCCUCCAGCUCCUCCUGCAGGCCUGGUGCCAUCCUCCCUGAAGGGCGUGUCUCAGUCCCUGCUGGACAGGAUCCGUGCCAAAGAGGCCCAGAAACUCCAGGUGGCCAUGACCCGGAACCCGGCCCAGGAGGAGAGGCUGCUGAUGUUGACCCGGCUGGGCGAGCUGGCCCGGAUCCUACGGAACGUGUUUGUCGCAGAGAAGAAGGCGGCGCUGGUCAUGGAGGUGGUGUGCAGCCGCAUGGCAGCCAGCUACAGAUCAGCCCUGAGUCUAGGUGAAAUGGAGAAGCAUCUCCGUCUCCUGGCUGAAGUGGCUCCUGAUUGGCUGAGCAUUCAUUCCAUCAGGAAGGAUUUCUACCUGAAGCUGAACAAGAUGGUGGAGCUCAACGUCAUUCUGGACAAACUCAACCACAGACUCAGAGAGGAGGAGCGACUCUGACAGGACUCGAUGUUCUGCCUCCGGAUAUAAACUGCUAAUUUCUUGAGAGUUUCUCAGAUUAUUGCGACAUGAAGAUGAUCUCAGUUGGAGAGACGACUUUUUCUAAACCUCAUAAUGUGUAGACCCAGCCUGGUUCUGGUGUCCAGAUUUAUUUAAAAUGUUUUUUUUUUUUUAUUCUCUUCUGAAGGGGGAAUGUUGGAUUGUUGACUUGUUGUCCCUUAGGAUCAAGUGAAAUCACGUCACGUUUCUAUGAGUGUCUUUGAGCCCAUCGUCAUUCUCACACACACUGUGUGUUGUAAAGUGUCAUGUUGCCAGUUUGUUACACAGUACAGGCUCAACUUCUAAUUAAAUGUGUGAACUGGCCAGUGGUCCCAGUGUGUCCCUGUAACCUCACAGUGUAGCCAUUUAACUCCCCUUCAGACUGAGCUUCCUGCUCUCUGAUUGGCUAACACCUGUACAGGUGAUGACCCCACAGCAGCAUUACUGUAGAGGUGCAUCUCAGUAAAUAAACACUUUAAAAAGUUGA